AUGAAUGAAUUUUUAGAAGAAUCUCCAGCAACGGAAUUAGAAGGGGAUCAACUAAUUAAGAAAAAAACAAAAUUUUUUAUUGAUACUGGAGCAGAUAUCAAUGUAAUUAAAGGUUCAGCAUUGAAAGGUGAAGCCAUAAACAAACACACUUUUCAUGUGGUAGAGGACGAUUUUCCCAUAGCAGCAGAUGGAGUUUUAGGCAGACCCUAUUUAAGAGAAGAAAGAGCAAAAUUAGAUUUUUUUUAUAACAUGAUAGUCACUCAAUCAAAACCUACGGACCCAAUACCUUUUAUCGACAUCGAGUCGAAAACAGCAAAUAAUGAAAUGAAAGGCGAAGGACAUGAAACAGAUAAACUUCAAGAGGAACAAUUACAAACAAAUAAUGAAAAUGGAGGUAACAAACAAUACAUUGCAGAACGUGAAAGAGAAGACAAUAAAGUACUAGAAAAAGAAAUAUUAGAAGAAAUAAGAGAAUCUAUAAAGCGGUACGAUAUGAGUAUUGCAGAGCACCAGUCGUAUUUUUGGGACGAUGAAAUAAUAGAAAGACCAGAGGAAGCAGAAAUCGAAGAAGAACCACAAGAACAAGUUAGAACAAUAGAUGAAAUAAUUGCAGAGUUACGAGAGUUAAAUAAAGAUUUAGAGAAAACAACAAUUAAACCCAAUUUAGACAGGUUAGAAAAAUUGGAAUAUAGAAGGGAAUCUCUAACGGAAACAUGGGGAAAUUAUGUACACUUCAUGUCAGCAGACCUGGAACUCAAUGAUCCUGUGAAUAAAUUAAUGUCAGCCAUAGGAGCAAUAGACAUAAAAGAAAUGAAAAGGAAAAAACAAAGAAAAGGACAAAUUUUAGUCACAUCUAGAAGUAAAUACAAGACUUUCACAGUAAUAAUAAAAACAGAAUAUGAUAAAGUAAUAAACGAGGAAGAUUUAAGAGAAGUACUAGUGAAUCUCAGAAAUGUAUUAUUAAGGGAAAACGUCAAAUCAAUUCGAAUUCCACGACACACAAUAACACUAGAUGAGUUAGAACCAACAUGGAUCAAUAAAAUAGUAGAAAUUUUUUUUAGAGAUGAUAUACAAAUCCAAGUGUGCUUUGGAGAGAUAGUGAUACCUCCAGAGGAAUACAGAACGAAAAUAAUUGCUGCAUAUCAUGAUAGUCUAAUAGCGGGUCAUAAAGGAGUAAAUAAAACUUAUCACAGAAUUAGGGAAAAAUAUACGUGGCCAGGGUUAAGACAAGAUAUAACAGAGUAUAUAAGAAAAUGUAGAAGCUGUGCGCAAAAGAAAAUAGUACGAAAUCAAAAUAGAGAAAACAUGAUAAUAACAGAUACACCUCUAGAUGCAUGGGAAAGAGUAUCUCUUGACACUGUUGGAAAAUUACCAACUACAGCGAAUGGCAACUGUCAUGUUUUAACAAUGCAAGAUCAGCUCAGCAAAUAUAGUAUUUUUGUAGCAAUACCUGAUAUUAGCGCUACUACAAUAGCACAUGCAAUAGCCACUAAUUUAUUCUCAGUAUACGGAGCACCAAAAUGUAUACUCACUGAUCAAGGCAGGUCAUUUACAAGUGACCUCUUAAGAAAAUUGGCAAAAAUAUUCAAAGUAUCACAAGUCACAACAACAGCCUACAGGCCCCAAACAAAUGGAGGAUUAGAGCGCAGUCAUGCCGUGUUAGCAGAAUUCCUAAGACACUAUGCUAAAACAAAAGAUGACUGGGACAGACUCCUCCCUUAUGCAAUGUUCGCGUAUAACACGUCUGUACACGAAGCUACUAAGUUUACACCAUAUGAAGUAAUAUUCGGAAAAAUAGCGAGAACACCAUCAAUCUUCCCAACACCAGAAAAAUUAGAAACUUAUGAAUCAUACAUAAAAGAGUUAGUAACAAGACUGAUUGAAAUUAGAAGAAUAGUAGCCAAAAACAUCAUACAGAGAAAAGAAAAGGUAAAAGAAAGUUACGAUAAUAAAACGACACCCCUAAACAUAAAAAUAGGAGAUUUCGUAGAUGUGAAAGAGGAAGUCAGAGCGGGAAAAUUCUCUCCAUAUUACCACGGACCAUACAGAGUAGAAGAAAUAACAAAAAAAAACAACUUGAUUCUAAGCGAUGCCGAAAAAAAAAGAUUUCGCAAACAUAAGGAUCAAGUAAAAAGAGCUUUUUUAUGACAAAAUAAUACUAAAGAAUUCAUAAAAGAUGAAGAAGAUUUUAUUAAUGUUUAUACCGACGGUGCAUGCAAAGCAAAUGGCA